UAUCUCGCCCCUUCACACUCUCCCACUACACUGUCGAAUGUUCGGACGGUCGAGAUCAUCAGAUCUGAUCUUCAGGUAACCCUCUGUUUGUUUCGCGAGAAAACGAAGGAAAAAAAAAAUAAUAGUCAAGUCACACAGCAUGCUCUCUUUUGAGAGGGUAUCGGUUUGUGGGCAGUGACAGAUCACAGGAAUAAUGUCAAUGCCAAAAGGGUUGCUGCUGACAAAGGUGUAUUCAUUUCUUGGCGGCUCUGAGUUUUCCUGCAAGUAGUUUUCAAGGAAAACAUGGAUCAGAUACGGAACACGAUAAAGCGGCAUGAAGCAUUGUUCAAGGAACAGGUACAGGCUCUGCACAAGCUGUACAAUAUCCAGAAAUCAGCAAUGCAAGAAAUAGGAAGAAUUCACUCUCACGCCCAAAUUCUGGCUUGUAAUUCUAGGAGUUUUUUACUUGCAGAUGAUAGAUAUAGUGGUUCUGUUUUGGAUGGGAAACACCUGAGGCCAUCCUAUGCUACUGGUCAAGCUUAUAAGGAUGAGUCGCCAAAUCUUUCCUUGCACCCUUUCUAUGGAUUAGAUCAUAAAGGAUGUGGUUCAUCAUGUAUGGAUAGCAGAGGGGUAGAAACUCUUCAAACUGCUCAAAGCAAACCGAUCAGAAAUUUUGAUCUUGAAAAACUCCCAGAGGAGUAUAUGGAUGAAUCUGAGAAUCAGAUUGAGCCAAACAAGUCUAAAAUGUCAGAUGAAAAGUCCUUUUUGGUGAAAAGAAUGGCAAACACUGAUGGAGAUUCGUCUGUUGGAGCAAAUUUAUCUGCCAUUCAAGUGGAUUCUCCAAGUUUGAAGCAGACUUAUCCAGAAGCAAACUUGAGAAUACUUUCAGUAAAUGGUCAAGAGAUCGUUCAAAAGUUUUUCCAAGAAUGUACCAUUGAAAUUAAAACAUCACAAGAUUUCCCAAGAAUGUUCUUGCCUGCAGUUGGCAAGUCAGCAUACCAGGAUGCAAGGCACAUCGAAAAGCAAACAUUGUUGCAUCAGGUUAUCUCUUCGUCCUCUGCAUUUGAAAUUAGUUUUCAAACUUUCAUGAAUGAUUACAGCAUUUUACCUAAUUUUAUUAAUGUAAACUCUGCUGAGGACAUCUUUUAUGCACACACAGCAUGCACUUGCAAAGGUGACAUUUAAUCAUGCAGUACAUUUUACUGGUUGAUUGAUCUUUUGCUGAUUCUGCUUAGGCAAUA